AUGGGUCUGAGGUCGGCGAGCCAAUCGGAUCCUACCAGGGAAGCUCGCAUCCCCGUGGAUGUGUGGGACGUGGCGUUGCUGGCGGUGAUAUGGGCGCACGUGUGGUGGGCGCCCGUCACCAAGGUGGAAGAGAGCUUCAACGUGCAGGCCAUGCACGAUCUGCUCUUCCACAGAUUCCACCUGUCUCAGUACGAUCACUUUGAGUUCCCGGGCGUGGUGCCUCGAACGUUCCUCGGAUCCUUGCUAGUGGCAGGGCUAUCAUCCCCCCUAGUGGCUAUCACUCACCUGUUUGGUGCUUCUAAGAUCACAGCACUCGUUAUUGUGCGCGGCACUCUUGGGUUCCUUGUCUUCCUCUCCUUCUACAUGCUUCGACGGCAGAUCGCCACUACCUUCGGCACCCCAACGGCGAGAUACUUUGCCCUGCUGCUCCUAUCCCAGUUCCACCUGCCCUUCUACGCCUCUCGCCCCCUCCCCAACGUCUUUGCUCUUGCCCUCGCCAACCUGGCAUUCACCUACUGGAUUAAGGGCAAGGCCGCACAAGCUUUGCAGACACUGGUCUUUGCAUUUGUUGUCUUCCGAUGUGAUGUGCUCAUACUCCUUGCCCCUAUCGGCCUCUCCUUACUGCUCACUCGGUCAAUCGGCUUUUUCUUUGCAGUGUUCACAUGUGUCCUGACCGGCAUAGCUAGUCUGAUGCUCACGGUAUCAGUGGACUCUGUCUUGUGGCGGCGCUUCCCCCUCUGGCCGGAAGGCACGGUGCUUUUUUUCAACACCGCUCUCAACAAGAGCUCCGAGUGGGGGGUGUCCAGCCCACACUGGUACUUCACGUCAGCUCUUCCCCGAGCCCUGCUUCUCGCCUACCCACUCUCCUUUCUGGGUCCAAUUCUCGACCGUCGCAUGCUGCGCUUCUUCCUGCCAGCACUCACCUUCGUGGGCCUCUACUCCUUCCUCCCUCACAAGGAGCUCCGGUUUCUCUUCCCGGGCUUGCCGCUCUUCCUCCUCUCUGCUGCCCGUGCUCUAGUGAGACUGCAGGUGCUAUUGCGAGCCACAGCUGGCAGCAGCGGCAUCAGCAGGACCCUUGGCAGAGUCGCACGUCCGCUAGCACUGCUUGCUCUGGCUGUCAGCUAUCUCCUCUCCUCCCUCUUCGCCCUCGCAUCCUACCGAAACUAUCCUGGCGGCGCUGCUGCAAUUCUGCUCCAACAAAAAGUGGGCCACGAGCCAGGUUCAGUGCAUGUGGACGUGCUUCCAGCCAUGACCGGAUUCUCCCGAUUCACCCAACUGCCAGCGCCCUGGAGCUACUCCAAGCAGGAGGGCCUCACUCUCUCCCAGCUCUCCCAAUCCAACUUCUCAUACCUUCUCAGCGCCCAUCCCUCGGUCCCAUCCUAUGAGCCUGUGGCCAACGCCAGUGGCUUUGUGCGCAUGCGCAUCAGCACUAGCACACUCUUCCGCAUGCCUCCGCUUCGCUACCCUUUCCCAGUCUUGGAAACUGAACCCAGAGUGUUCAUUCACAGAAAAGAGACUGUUAAUGGAUUGGUAGAUAGCAGGCUGGAUAUAGCACCCACAGGGAGUGGCACCGCUACAGAAGACGAUGAUUUCUCCAGUGUGGGGAGGCGAGCGAGUGGGAACGGUGGGGGUGAGGAGGGCCGAGCACAGGGUGAGGAGGAGGAGCAAGAGGAGGAUGCGGAGGGGGAGAGAGGGCUGGUGCAGGACGAUGAGCUGUGA